AUGGCCGACGAGCAGACUUUCAUUGCCAUCAAGCCCGAUGGUGUCCAGCGUGGACUCAUUGGCCCCAUCAUCUCUCGCUUCGAGAACCGUGGCUUCAAGCUCGUUGCCAUGAAGCUCACCUCCCCCGGCCAGGAGCUCCUCGAGAAGCACUACGCUGACCUCGCCACCAAGCCCUUCUUCAAGGGUCUUGUUUCCUACAUGCUGAGCGGUCCCAUCUGCGCUAUGGUCUGGGAGGGCAAGGACGUCGUCAAGACCGGCCGUGUCAUCCUCGGUGCCACCAACCCCCUUGCAUCCGCCCCCGGUACCAUCCGUGGUGACUACGCCAUCGAUGUCGGCCGCAACGUCUGCCACGGCUCCGACGCCGUUGAGAGCGCCAAGAAGGAGAUUGCCCUCUGGUUCCAGCCUUCCGAGCUCAACAUCUACAAGCACGCCUCCGCCGCUUGGGUCUACGAGUAA